UUCUUCUACAGUUGUGGCAAUCGAAGCAUGGCGGAGAUGAACAAUGAGACGAAUCGCCAGCACUCGCUGAACGUCGUAGAGGAAACCGAAAUCCAUAGUGAAAAACCAACGCCCAAGGAGAAGACGAAGCGCGUAGCGUCAGUGGACAUCUUCAGAGGUCUCACCGUUGCUGUAAUGAUAUUGGUGGAUGAUGCGGGAGGUGAAUGGCCGAUGAUAACGCAUGCGCCUUGGAAUGGGUGCAACCUCGCUGAUUUCGUCAUGCCAUUUUUCCUAUUCAUCGUUGGGAUGGCAAUUGCCCUUGCAUUUAAGAGAAUUCCAAGCCGGGGCAUGGCGGUCAAGAAGGCGAUUAUUAGGACGCUUAAACUCAUCUUUUGGGGUCUCAUCUUACAAGGUGGAUAUUCGCAUGCUCCGGAUGAGCUAACUUAUGGAGUUGAUAUGAAAAGGAUAAGGUGGUGUGGAAUCCUUCAGAGAAUUGCUCUUGCAUAUCUGGUAGUCGCACUUCUUGAGAUCUCAACAAAGAGUUCACAAGCCAAGGAUCUGUCACCUGGGUGGUGCUCUUUAUUCAAGCUAUACUGUUGGCAAUGGCUGCUUGGUGGAUGUGUCAUUGUUGUUUAUUUGGGAGUAAUAUAUGGGAUAUACGUCCCUGAUUGGCACUUCACUAUCCAUAAUAGAGAUAGUCCUAACUAUGGGAAGGUUUUCACUGUAGCUUGCAAUGCCAGAGGAAAAUUGGAUCCCCCAUGUAAUGCUAUUGGAUAUGUGGACAGAGAAGUGCUAGGAAUCAAUCACAUGUAUGAAAAUCCAGAAUGGACAAGAUCUUCAGUUUGUACUGAGAAUUCCCCUUAUGAGGGCUCUUUUCGAAAAGAUGCUCCAUCAUGGUGUUAUGCACCAUUUGAACCAGAAGGAAUCCUAAGUUCAAUAUCAUCUAUUCUCACAACAAUCAUUGGAGUGCAUUUAGGGCAUGUGCUUGUACACUUUAAGUCUCACUCAGAUAGGCUAAAACACUGGGUUUCCAUGGGCCUUGCUCUCCUCGUUUUAGGAAUUGUUCUUCACUAUACAAAUGCAAUUCCAUUAAAUAAACAAUUGUACAGCUUCAGCUAUGUUUGUCUGACAGCAGGUGCAGCUGCAUUGGUGUUCUCAGUCUUUUAUGUUCUGGUUGACAUUUGGGGGUUGCGGUAUCUUUUUUUGCCAUUGGAAUGGAUUGGCAUGAAUGCUAUGUUUGUUUUUGUGAUGGCAGCCGAAGGAAUCUUUGUAGGUUUCAUUAAUGGAUGGUAUUAUGAUGACCCAAAUAAUACACUGGUUUACUGGAUUCAAAAGCACGUCUUCAUAAAAGUGUGGCACUCAAGAAGGGUAGGCAUUCUCCUCUAUGUCGUAUUUGCAGAGAUCCUAUUCUGGGGUAUUGUUGCAGGCAUUUUGCAUUGGUUGGGCAUUUACUGGAAGCUUUAGAUACUUAUGGUAAGUAUUAUUUUGACUUUCAACAGUGUAAUUUCUUCUACCAGAAUUCUGUGUGCCAAUUAGUGACACCCUAUCUUUUGCAUGAGAGUGAUACUAGACCUCUUUUUAUACUUUCAUGAAGUUAUCUGUAAAGCUCAGUGUUCUGUGUAAUCUUAGAGGUGAUACUGCAACAAAUAAUGUGACAUGCGCUGUGUCUGUCUUCCUUCUGUAAAUGGGUAUAGCUCAGUAGGAGUAGGAAAUCCUGUGGCUAAUUCUGUGUAAGUUGAGUUGUAACUGUAAAGUUUCUAUUUACAUCAACAAAUAUGAUUCUGUAUCUGAUUCU